AUGAAGAUAUGUCAACGCUAUCUCGGUGACCCUAGGUAUCAAGAAGGUAUUGGUCAGGAACUUGGUGUUGGUCAAGCAACGGUAUCUCGGACUGUGGAUAGAGUUGUAAGCAGCAUAGUUGCACAGUCGAACGAAUGGAUGAAGUUUCCAACUACCAACCAUGAACUGAUGGAGGCCAAGCGGAUAUGGCAAAGCAUGUAUAAAUUUCCGACAGCAAUUGGUGUAAUUGAUGGUACACAUAUAGGAAUCCUCAAAUCAAAUCGCCAUGGAGAUGAGUAUAUCAACCGAAAAGGGAAACCUACUUUAAAUGUGCAAGCCACUUGUGAUGCCAGAGAGAUGUUCACAAGUGCUGAUGUCAGUUGGCCUGGAUCAGUGCAUGAUUCCAAAAUAUGGAAAAAUUCACAGACUAGAUCACAACUAAUAAAUAAAGAAAUCCUACUCCAGGUGCAGAAAUAA